AUGGAUUUCCAAGACUUCACAAUUAUUGACAAGAGCUGGAUAGGACUUCCAAGAGACCACGAUGCAUUCAAAGCAGGAGUUCGAAAUUUCAUAGACUAUGCGAGCUGGGAUUUAGAACCCGACCAGAAAAUAUUUUGUCCUUGUAAGGAUUGCAAUAACAAUAAGAGAGAGCUUGUGUCUGUAGUGCACGGACAUAUUCUGUGGAAUGGCUUUAUGCCGGGAUAUGUCGAUUGGGUAUACCAUGGAGAAGGGGAAGACCAGGUGAGGGAAACAACCAAUACUGGAAAUGUGGUGCAGGACGACGAUGAAGAAAUGUCUGAUUUGCUGCAAGAAAUGAACUAUGACGCCUCCAAUUUUUACAAGUUGCUGAACGAUGCGCAGGUGUCACUAUAUCCUGGCUGUGAAAAGUUUUCAAGAUUAUCCUUCAUUGUGCACUUGCUUCAUGUCAAGUCCCUCGGUGGAUUGAACAUCAAGGGGUUUGAUGCGUUGUUGAGUCUCUUGACCAAAGCCUUUCCGGAUGCCAAACUACCAAAGAAUUUUUAUGAGCUAUGGAAAACUACUGAAUUGAAUGUGGAUAACGAAUCAAUCAGAAGAACACCAAGAGGUAAAAACAUUCCAGUAAAGCAAUUGCGGUACUUCCCAUUAAAGCCAAGACUUCAGAGGUUAUUUAUGUCUUCAAAGACCGCUUCUUAUAUGCGAUAUCAUGCCAAAAGACGUCCCAAAGAUGGAGUUUUGAGGCAUCCAGUUGAUGCAGAGACAUGGAAGACCUUUGAUAAGAAGCACCCAGAGUUUGCAGCUGAUCCUCGCAAUGUAAGACUUGCAUUAGCAACUGAUGGGAUGAAUCCGUUUGGGAAUAUGUUGCAUCCACAUAGAAACGACAUCGAUGUGUAUUUGCAACCACUCAUAGAGGAAUUGAAGGAAUUGUGGGAUGAAGGUGUUGAAACUUACGAUAUUUCAAAGAAAGAGAAUUUUAAAUGUCGUGCAGCAUUACUUGGCACCAUCAGUGAUUUCCCUGCACUAGCUAUGCUUUCCGGGUGGAGCACCAAAGGGGAAUUUGCUUGUCCGUGCUGUGGGCCUGACCGAUGUUCAGAACGACUGAGCAAUGGGGGCAAGUAUUGUUACAUGCAUCAUCGUCGAUACUUGCCUGCUGGUCAUCAUUGGCGCCACCAGAAGUCAGCCUUUGAUGGAGAGAAAGAACUUCGAGAACCACCACAUCUGAUGAAUGGGGAUGAAAUUGCUCAACAGCUGGCUCAUUUUCGACAAGUUCAGUUUGGUAAGAACGCCAAACAGACUGGUCUGACAGAAAUAACACCAGUUACUUUUGAACACAACUGGAAAAAAAAGAGCAUAUUUCAUGAGUUGCCGUACUUAAGCUCAAUUAUAUGUUUUCAUAAUGUCGAUGUGAUGCACGUUGAGAAGAAUAUUUGUGAAACUGUAUUGGGCACAGUGAUGAAUGUAGAAGGGAAAACGAAAGACAAUCUUAAGGCCCGGUUGGAUCUGAUGGACUGGGGAUUACGGCCGGAGUUACAUUUGAGACAAGAGGGAGAUAAAAUAGUGGUGCCAACAGCUUCUUUUGUCAUGUCGCCCAAAGAGAAGGAAUCUUUUUGUAGAACUUUGAAGGAUAUUAAGGUUCCCGAUGGAUACUCAUCAAAUAUUUCUCGGUGUGUGAACGUUAAGGAUCGAAAGAUUAUGGGUCUGAAAAGUCAUGACUAUCAUGUAUUAAUGGAAUAUUUAUUUCCUAUUGCCUUACGUGGACACUUGGAUGGGGAUAUAUUGGAAGCACUGAGUGAGUUAUGUAUGUUUUUUAAAGUGUUGUGUACACGGGUUCUCAAGAUAGAGGAUCUGGAUAAACUACAAGAUAGUAUCGCAAUUACUUUGUGCAAGUUGGAAAGAAUAUUCCCCCCAUCUUUUUUUGUUGUGAUGAUGCAUUUGCCCAUUCAUCUAACACAACAAGCAAAGGAUGCAGGUCCAGUUCAGUAUCGGUGGAUGUAUCCGAUCGAGAGGUAUCUGCGUAAGUUGAAGUCUUAUGUGCGGAAUAAAGCUUGCCCCGAAGGAUCGAUGGCUGAAGCAUACCUUAUAGAUGAAUGUAUCACUUUUUGUACGCGUUACUUGAAUAGUGUUGUUACAAAAUUUAAUAAACUUGAAAGGAAUGAGGAUGAUGAGGCGCCACAACCUGAUGAUCGAUUAAUAGUUUUCAAACAAUCCGGUAGGCCCGUUGGAGCUGAAACUUGGGGACAGCUUACGGAGUCAGAGAUGAAACAAAUCCAACUUUAUGCUUUGCUGAAUACCAAAGAAGUGCAGCCAUAUGAGGAGGAACACAAAAGUGAGCUGCAAAGCCGUGGCUUAAGAGACGCCGACGUUAAUAGAAGACACAUCAAAGAGUUUCCUGAUUGGUUUGCAACUAAAAUAUACCAAUUGCAUAAAAAAGGUCAGGUGAGUGAUGAACUAUAUUCGUUGAGUCAAGGUCCUGCUAAAGAAUGUUUGAGUUACAAUGGCUACAUUAUCAAUGGGUUUAGAUUUCAUACAAGAGAGUGGGAGAGUCGACGAAAGUCACAGAAUAGUGGACUGUGUGUCCCUCGGGAAGACGAAGGUGUAGCUGAAGAUGAAAAUGAUUUUUAUGGAGUUGUGAAUAAUAUUAUCGAGGCACGGUAUGUGGGUCAACUCCGAGUUCUUCUUUUCAAAUGCGAUUGGAGACCGAUUGCAGGAACAGAUGAGUUUGGAUUUACUAUGGUUAUAAAAACGCAACCUCGUCGGUCUUUCAAUAUUCCAGAAAUAGAUUCGGAUGGGGAGACUGAAACAGAAAGCUCGACUUCUAGUGAGGCAUAUCAAGAAUUGCAUUCAAGCUAUUCGAUAAAAGAUCUUAGAGGAGAGCCAUAUCAGGAUCACAGUGACAGUUUUGUUUGGGAUAGGAACGACGUUCCCCCAGAAACUAUCAGUCGUGCUGCAGCAGCAGUAGCUUGUCGAAGCCAAGAAGAUGAAGAGGAAAAUGACACGGAUGCCGUUUACACCUCUGAUGAUGAGGAUGAGUAUGAAUUUGAUGAUAAUAACAACCGCGAUGAUAUGGAAUUUUAA